UGGGGGUUUUGGCAGCCCUGAUCUGAUCACUUUGUUUUCACUGCCGCUGCCUUGAGUCAUUUGGUCGCGUUGGUGAAAUCAUCCCGCAGCCGCACAUCAGAUCACGCCAAGCGUCUGCCUUUCACCCCUUCCUCCCUACAAAUACCUCGCUCCCACCCACUUUGUCCACUUAGCUUUUCUUCCCCAUCCAGCCUCACUCAUCAUCUCCAGUUUUCAGCCAAUCUUCCAAUUCAUCAACAAUCCAUCAAUCUUCCAUCUAACAAUCCAUCGCCAUGGCUCGUACCAAGCAAACUGCUCGCAAGUCCACUGGUGGCAAGGCCCCAAGAAAGCAGCUCGCCUCCAAGGCCGCUCGCAAGUCUGCACCCAGCACUGGUGGUGUCAAGAAGCCUCACAGAUAUAAGCCUGGUACCGUCGCUCUCCGUGAGAUCCGUCGCUACCAGAAGUCCACUGAGUUGCUCAUCCGCAAACUUCCCUUCCAACGUCUUGUCCGUGAAAUCGCUCAAGACUUCAAGUCCGACCUGCGCUUCCAGUCAUCUGCCAUCGGUGCUCUUCAAGAGUCCGUUGAGGCCUACCUCGUCUCUCUCUUUGAGGACACCAACCUGUGCGCCAUCCACGCCAAGCGUGUCACCAUCCAGUCCAAGGACAUCCAGCUUGCUCGUCGCCUCCGUGGUGAGCGAUCCUAGACGAUAGGCUGAAACUUGCAACACCUCAAUCAACAGUCACCUGGCAGGUUGGGAGCGUUGAUCAUGGUCAUGAUUUGAGUAUGGGGGGGUUUCAUGAGUUGACACAAGGCGAAACGGAAUGAAUUCAUAGGGGCUUGUAUUGGUUUUCACAACAUUGAUCACGGGUGGUUAUGGGGACUUCUGGCGUCUUCUGCUUCUGCUCGUGCUUGUACAUCACGCAGCAUCAUACCAGUCAUCACGACUAUGACAUGGACACAGCAGAAUGCGCUGCAUCAACCAGAUAGAAUCUGAAUGCGAUUCAGGUUAACACAUGAAAACAUCAGCUUGUGAUUCAUCAAUUCCAUCCCAGUAGCAAGUA